GAACGAGACUUUGAAAAACAAUGUAAGAUUUCUUUUCGCUGAAGAAUAAGCAUCAGCACGGAAACACGAGAACACCCACAACAGAAAUAAAGAAGCAAACACUAUAUAUAUAAUCGCUGAAGAAUAUCACCGCCGUCAUAAAAAUGACCGCGUUUUACAAAACUUCGGGAAACGCCACGGAUUAUGAAGAAACCGCUGGAUUUUCAGCGAUCGAGAUUGUGCAAUUGGUGCUUUAUUUUGCGAUUAUUUUAGUUGGCUUAGUGGGUAACACAAUGAUCGUGGUCACACUACUUGGCCGACAAACGCGAAGAGUUGGAGAAUAUCUCAUUUUAAACCUGGCCAUCACGGACUUCGCCACAUGUGCCAUAAGCAUUCCUCUCGAUCUAGCUGAGCGACUCUCAGGUGGUUUUCCAUUUGGUUCAAUACUUUGCUAUAUGAUCUACCCGUUUCAAACUGUGUUAAUGGCUGUGUCUGUGAUAACAUUAUUGUCCAUGAGCUUGGAGCGACACAGGGUUGUCAUGACACCUAUGCGUCCGAAAGUGCUCCCUAGAACAGCGAAGUUUGUCAUUGGGGUGUCAUGGCUCAUACCCUCUCUGGUAAUAAUACCUUAUGCUUUGGUUCUACGGCUCGAAGGAAAGCAAUGUAUGGAGAAAUGGCCCGAGGAUUGGUAUGUUAAGGUUUUCACUCUAACUAACUUCGCCAUCUUCUAUGUGGUUCCGCUAACAGUCAUCGCGUCUUCGUAUGUUCGCGCCGGGCGUAAGAUACGUAAAGAACUGGACAGGCUUGAACAUGUAGUCGACAGUCACAGGUCACAGGUUCAAUACACAAAGAAACGCACUCUACAGAAAAUGAGGAUCACCAAAGUGUUCAUAGUAGCAGUGAGCGCAUUCUUAGUGUGCAUGCUGCCCACACACGCCUCGUGGAUCUGGCACGACUUUGGGCACGGCUGGGACAGCAAGUAUUUCCAAGAUGUGCUCAUAUUCAGUAAUAUACUUAUGUACGCUAAUAGUGCGUCUAAUCCAUUCAUUUUUGGUUCUUUGAGAAAGUUUUCGUUGGCACGCCUUUUUUGCUGCUGUCGGAAACAUUCGGGUGAACUUUACCAACUCGAAUGUAUUUAUGAGCUUCGGGUUGGCUCGACGACUCUUCACGUUGGUAGAGAAAUGGCAGUGAAGGGAUAUAACAAAGCGUCAAAACUAUUGGAAAGGACAAACACAAAUCGUCUUAAAUGUGCGAAUGUUUGAGUCAGUCCCAAAUACUGUUUUCACCAAUUGCCUAAAGCCGAGCGCCUUUAAACUCAAGGAUUUAAACGCUUAACUUGUAAUUGCCUCUGCCGAUUUCAGGACUCACAAGGACCUCGAGGCAUACGGUGAAAGGAAAAGAAAAAAAUUGAGAGCAGGGGAAGGAAAGUAAAGUAAACUCCUGCUUAGCUUACACCUCUCCCGUUUCGCGUAAAGAAAGGAGAAGACUGAUACGCAAGCUGCUAAAAAGUAUGCUUUGAGCUCGAAUCAGUUUUUACACCAAGCCAUUUUCAUCGUCAACAAGAGGACAUCAGACCAUUUUCUCUUGUGCCAUCUGAAUCAAAUUCAUCUUGAUGUAAAGUUGUAUCCUCAUUAGUGACACACCGUGUUAUCCAGUCGUUUCGUAUCCAUCCCAGUAUACAUUCCUGCGAAAUAUUAUGCGCGAGCGCGUGAAAAGAUGUCGAUUAAUGAGUACGACAAGUUUGUAGAGUCAAGCGAGUAAGACUAAUUCUGUAGUGAAAACUUGUGACCUUCUUAACAAAAACAACUAAAUUAUUGCCUGGUGGAAGCAAGUGUGAUAUUUUAAAUGGAGCAUUUAAGUGUUUAUACUUGUGACCUUGACAGUAACAGCUAGGGUGACUGAAUGUUUUUUUCCUCCCUUUGCUAUUUAUACUUAUAAAUUCCUUCAUUUGUCCCUUCCAUUCAUACUUUAAGCAUAUUUAACAUGGAAAACAUACUUUAAUAGUAUGGGUACGAAUCUACCCAGCUGGGCACAAAACGACUGGUAACUCGCUAUGUAGUCUUUCCAUUUACAGCCCUUGGAGCUUUAGAGCGUAUCUGUUGUAAAUUCAACAGGGAGGGCGGAACUGUUUCUGUCCAACACUUCGUAUUAUUUCAUGAUGUCGUUUGGUCGAGUGGUUAAUCAAUUAAUUUAU